AUGACUCUCCAUUCCGAAGGAAAAUGCACUUCUUUCCCGUCAAAAAGUCGGGUUCGAAAAAUUGCCGAGAGAUCCCCGGAACAGGUUCGCUGUAACGUUGAGUCGUGUAAUAACGGCUUCCAUCGAACAGAUGUCUCCCUGCGAGGUACGCUUUUCGGGGUCUCGCGGCCUAAAAGCCGCAGACAUCCGGGCGCUUUCGAUGCCUGCAUCCAUGUCAAACUUCGAAGUUCUUCGGGAAGCACCGACCGACGCCUGCUCCCCCACACUCCCACGCUACCGAGCGGGACGAGAAGAAGCCAUACGGACGUCUGUGGCGUACCUCCUCAUCUACAGAGUAUCUCACGCGGCUGCAUACACGAUUUAGUUGCCGCUAUUGGUGGCCAACUAGCCAAAGAUCCUCGAAUUGAAAAAAAACCGCCAGUGAGACUCGCGCCACGGGGUGUCAGGGUGGUACAGGCACCAAAUGAGGUCAUGCAUGCUCAAGAUCUGUCUUCCCGGUCUGCAUUCCAUACUCGCCCUUCUGAUUCAAAUUUACUUGAAACAGCCGCCUCUCUCGGAGAAAUAAUGCUUGUUCAAAAUACCCCGGGCAUAAGCUUUGACGACGAUUCAAGCUAUUCGGUCGGAACUGCCGCCGCUCGACGCGAUAUCGUUCAAAGGGAUCGGCGGUUGACCGUCACUCGACGCUCGUUAUCUAGAUCAGCGGUAGCUAUGAUCCAUAAGCUUCCUUGGCCAAUUGUACGGCUUCGUAUUGGCUUCUUCGAGGGGGCUGCAAAUGUCAGAAAGCGCAAAGGCGUCGGUCCAUAUCUGCAGCCCACUCGGAAAAAGCCUCCUUGUCAUGCCAGUACUUCCGAUAAGAACAAAGCCUUGCGGCUUUCUGGGCCGAUUUAUAUAUCAUCAUCGCCUUCGCCCUUUGACACUUCUAGAGCAUCUGAGGAUGUCGAGAAGGCUAUCUACGAUAACGACAAAUACUCAGGCGAGACCUCUCCGUCUCAGCCAGGAUACGAGCAUGGAGACGUUAAAGAGCAUCACGAGAGCUUCUUCUCGGCAUUCGCCGUGAAUAGCUUCAAGCGCAAUCACAAUGCUCGAGUGGUCACAGAAGCAACGGACUCGGAGGGUCGUCCACUCCCAGACCAGCCGCCGGCCGAGCCCGCGCUGGCCAUGAAGUUGAAGGGAAGGCAUCUACAAAUGAUUGCCAUCGGAGGCGCCAUCGGUACCGGCCUCUUCGUCGGUUCAGGCUCGGCUCUCGCAACCGGCGGUCCAGCAUCGCUCAUCAUAGCAUAUGGCUUGAUCGGUAUCAUGGUUUACUGCACGGUCCACGCGCUCGGUGAGCUGGCUGUGGCAUUUCCCAUCGCCGGAGCAUUUUCGGUAUACUCGAGUCGAUUCAUCGACCCCGCUUGGGGUUUUGCUAUGGGAUGGAACUACGCAACGAACUGGCUCGUCACGCUUCCCCUCGAGCUGACCGCAGCGUCCAUCACCGUCUCGUACUGGCCUGGCGCGAAAGAUAUCAACCCGGCGGCAUUCGUGGUUAUCUUCUGGAUCGUCGUGGUGACCAUCAACCUCUUUGGCGUGCGCGGCUAUGGAGAAGCAGAAUUCGUGUUUUCGAUCGUCAAAGUCAUUGCGGUGGUUGGAUUCAUCCUUCUCGGGAUCAUCAUUGCUGCCGGAGGGGUACCCGGAAGUCCGCAGGGGUAUCUGGGCGCUGGGUACUGGUAUAAUCCAGGUGCCUUCAACCAUGGAUUCAAGGGUCUCUGCUCUGUGUUUGUCACGGCCGCCUUCUCCUUUGGCGGGACAGAGAUGGUGGGAUUGACUGCGGCUGAGACGGAGAAUCCCAGAAAGUCAUUGCCAUCGGCUGUGAAGCAAGUAUUCUGGCGUAUCACUUUGUUCUAUAUGGUGUCGCUCACCAUCGUAGGGUGUCUCGUCCCAUACACCGAUCCCGAGCUUCUCAACGGUACCGGCAGCCAGGACGCCAACGCAUCACCCUUCGUUAUCGCCGUCAAAAACGCCGGAAUAUCAGUGGUGCCAUCGAUCAUGAACGUCGUCAUUCUCAUCGCCGUGCUGAGCGUCGGAAACUCCUCUGUAUACGGCUCCUCGAGAACCCUGGCCGCUCUCGCCGACCGCGGCCAAGCGCCCAAGAUCCUCGGAUACAUCGACAACAGCGGGCGUCCCCUCGUCUCCAUCCUACUGGCUUCAUUCAUCGGCCUCUUCGGCUUCAUCGUCGCCGCCGGCACCGACGUCCGCGUGCAAGCCUUCAACUGGAUGCUCGCCAUCUCGGGCCUGAGCUCGAUCUUCACGUGGAUGUCCAUCUGCGCGUGCCACAUCCGCUUCCGCCACGCGUGGAAGUACAACGGCCACACGCUCGACGAGCUCGCCUUCACCUCGCAGCCGGGCUACUACGGCUCAUGGAUCGGCGUCAUCAUGAACGGGCUGAUCCUCGUCGCGCAGUUCUGGACCGCCGUGUGGCCCGUCGGCUACGCGGCCGAGACGCCGGCCGAGAUCGCCAAGGGCUUCUUCCAGGCCUACCUGGCCAUGCCCAUCGUCAUCCUGUUCUACGUCGGCUUCAAGGUGAUCAAGAAGACGAAGUUCAAGCGGCUGAAGGAUAUCGAUGUCACGAGUGGGAGGAGAGAGAUGAACCUGCCGGCCAUCUUGGCGGAAGAGAGAGCCGAGCAGGCAACGUGGCCGUGGUACAAAAGGUGGUGGAACAUCGCCUUCUAG